UGCGCGCCACCAUGAAUGUCUCGCAGUCCAUAUUGAAUUCCACAGCGGUGUGCAGUGUGGUUAAUCUGGAAAUCAUCACACUGGCAUUUCUAUAUCCGGUCAAUCUGGGAUCCAUGCCAUACGUUGGGCCGGCUUAUCGCAUGGCACUGGAAACCAUCCGGCAGUCGUAUCCCCGCUUGAACAUCACGCAGACGAUCAUUUCCGAUAAGAAAUACAACGAGUGCACUGCCUUUGCAACCGAUGUUGUGUAUCUUACCGCGGAGCAUCUUAACGCGCAGCUUGCUCCUGGGAAACACCGUGACAAAUGUUCUGCCAGUGUAAUGCUUUUUAGCGGAUGUGCCGAAAUUCAAGAAAUUGUUCCCUACGCGACGCAACUGGACAAGCUGAUAAUAACAACUGUCGCAACUAACCCAACUCUCCGUAAGAAAACAAUAACACCCACAUGGAUCGGAACAACGUGCAAUUCCUUCCAAGUUUUUCUGAGUAUGGUGUUCCGUAUAGCGCAAAAGUUUAACUGGACGUCCGUGGCCAUUGUAGCCGAUCUCAGUGCCAAUCCGGCUUAUAAGCAGUUGUCCGGAGAUUCGGCUAAUAUUCUAAAUACAAAUGGCCGCCAAGGUUAUCAGGAAUCAUACAGUUCCACGAUUAUUACCAAUGCCGAGCGGACUGCUAUGCUUCGCCGGCUGAAUGAUCGAGCUCGAGUCUACGUGUACUAUGGCGAUUUCGGUGAAUUUCGGCGGUUGUUAUUGGCGGCAUCAAAUCUCAGCAUGACCAAUGGCGAGCAUGUCUACAUACCUAUGGCAGGAUUUAGAAAAAGCAGAGAACCCGGUUAUUAUUCAUGGGACAAGGGCGACAGUGACGACGAGAUUGUUAAGCAAGCUUAUCGUUCCGUUCUGCUGAUGGAAUUCAACGAAGCAGUUUACGGGAAAACCAACGGAUCAAGAAAUUUCUCCCAGGAAAUGAUUCAAGGAUCCAGGGAAAUGUUCAAUUACACGUACAAGCCUUUCGAGCGGGUGACCCCACAUCCGGCAGCCACGUAUGAGACGAUGCUGAUUCUCGCACAGGUAAUGGAAGAAUUGCGCUCGACCGGAAAUCAAGAAGUGUGGUCGUCUGGGAGAAAAUUAGCCAAGCAGUUCUGGAAUCGCACUUUCACGACUGAGAUUGGAGAUGUUUGGAUUGAUGAGGUUGGCGAGCGUUUGCCGGUAAUGAGUCUGACCCAGCUGGAGUGGAAUUCGACGCGUGUCCGAACGCUAUAUGUCCUAAAAGUUCCCGAGUUUACUCUCGUGGAAACGGGCGAAGAACCCCGCUGGUUAAUUCCAUGGCCGCCACCGAAUGAACCUCGGUGUGGAUUCCGUGGAGACGCCCCGAUUUGUCAUCCGAAAGGUGCUCUGGAAACCAUAAUUGGAGCUAGCGUAGGUACCGCCACUGCCACCUUAUUCUUCAUAUUUAUUGCCGCGGUUUUUGUGAGACGUGCCGCGCACAACGCCUCCAUUUCCGAUGCGUGGCGGAUCCGAUACGAGCAACUACAACCGCUGGAAGAUAAGGAAGAUCGCGUGAGGAUAUACCUUAAGCGCAACCAAAUGGUGUGGAUAACACCGGUGUGUGCCGCCACCGCAUCCGUUGCCGAAACUGCAUUGCCGUUCCCCCAUUUCAACAAUCCUCUGUUGCCAUUGCUAAAAACGAUACUUGAAGUUGACCACGCGAAUGUCUGUCGCUUCGCUGGAUUGUGCUUUCUUGAAAAGUCGGUGUUGCUGGUUUCCGAGUACUGCCCGCGUGGCUCUGUGUUGGAACUUAUGGCCAGGACCCAUUUGGAGUUUGAUUUGCAGGCGUCAUUUUUGUUUGAUUUACUCAAGGGCUUGCAAGCAAUUCACCGGUCUGCCGUAAAGUUUCAUGGAUUUCUCAACAUCCACUGCUGUUUACUGAAUAAGCAUUUUAGCCUAAAAAUUGGGAAAACCGGUCAUACGCAAAUCCAGACCGUAUUAACACGCAACAGUACCAUUCUCGAGCCUGCUAACCACCACAGUACGAGCAACCAAGCCGUCCACGAAGAAGGGCGAAAACAUGACAUGUUUACAACUGGUCUUAUCUUGUACCAAAUCAUUAUCCAAGAGGAACCGUUGGAUACACUAGAGUUUAUGCAUAAGCGCAUCGCGGACCAUUCUGAAAACAAAUUCAGCAAACUGUUUCCGGUAUUGGUCAAAUGUUUAUCAGCCAAUCCGGAGGAUAGACCGAGUGUGGGCCAGCUGCUGAAGUUUUGCUUUUUUGGCCUUGGAAUGAAGGACAACGAGAACCUGGUCGAAAGGAUCGUUCGCCGUUUGGAAAAUUACACGGACGAGCUAGAUCGACUGGUCGUCCUGCGCACCAUGGCGUUGCUGGAUGAGCGGAAGAAAUGUGAUGCUCUUUUAAGGGAAAUGCUGCCCAGCAUCGUGAUUGAGCAGCUGCGGAGAGGCAUUGUACCGGAUGCCGAAAUGUUUCUUUCCUCCACAAUAAUGUUUACCGAGAUCGGAGGUUUUGCGAACAUUCUGUAUGCAGCGGAUCCGAAAACUGUAAUGUUGUUCCUAAAUAAUGUGUACACUUCGUUCGAUCGCAUUGUGGCAUCCUAUGACGUGUACAAAGUGGAAACAAUCAAGGACUCUUAUAUGGUCGUCAGUGGGAUACCCGUACGCAACGGAGAUCUUCACGCGCAAGAAAUUUGUGCGUUAGCCAUGGAAAUGUUGGGAGAAUACAGAAGUAUGGAUACGGUAUUCCCUGGUACAUCACUGCGUGCCGGGAUCCAUAGCGGCAUAUGCGCGGCCGGGGUGGUCGGACACAAAGUGCCCCGCUAUUGUUUAUUUGGAGACACCGUCAACACGGCAUCGAGAAUUUUGACCAAUGGCGCUGAUGGAAGGAUUCAUCUCAGCAAGAACGCCGCCCAGCUUCUGCCGGGAAACUCGCCAUAUAAGGUGCAGGAACGUGGAUUGAUCGAGGUCAAAGGAAAAGCCGAGGUGUUUCACUUUCCCGAUAUGUUGGUAUGUGUCAAAGUUGUUCGCCAUGCUAAAAUGGGCGGGCUGUUUAAAACCAAGAUGGUCAUCAGCUCCCUGGACAAGAUGCUGAGCCGGGAUGGUGAACCAUGCAGUUACGUUAAUUGA